AUGGCGAGCACGUCGAGGAUUGAAGCAAAUAAAGUGGUGUGCUAUGCGCAUCCCGAUGCACCCCUAAUCGAGGAUUACAGAGCUGGUGAUAUGAUUUGCUCAGAAUGUGGCCUCGUUGUUGGAGACAGAGUUAUAGAUGUUGGCUCAGAAUGGCGAACAUUUAGUAAUGAGAAAUCUGGAGUGGACCCAUCUCGUGUUGGUGGACCAGAAAACCCAUUGCUAUCUGGUGGAGAUUUGUCUACCAUUAUAGGCCCUGGACGUGGCGAUGCAUCAUUUGACAGUUUUGGGGUUUCAAAAUAUCAAAACCGUCGAAAUAUCAGCAGCACAGAUAGAGCACUAAUAAAUGCAUUCCGAGAAAUUAAUACAAUGGCUGAUCGAAUAAACUUACCUAAAACAAUUGUGGACAGAGCAAACAAUUUGUUUAAACAGGUGCAUGAUGGCAAAAAUCUCAAAGGUAGAGCCAAUGAUGCAAUUGCCUCUGCAUGUCUGUACAUUGCAUGUAGACAGGAAGCCCUUGAAACAUCAGUGGAUCUUAUCACAACAGCAGAUUUUAUGUCUCGGUUCUGUUCAAACCUUGGUUUGCCGAAUUCUGUCCAAAGAGCGGCAACACAUAUUGCACGGAAGGCUGGAGAGUUGGACAUUGUGUCAGGACGAAGUCCAAUCUCAGUUGCAGCAGCAGCUAUUUAUAUGGCAUCACAGGCAUCAGAAGACAAACGCAGUCAAAAAGAAAUUGGAGAUAUUGCUGGUGUUGCAGACGUCACAAUUCGUCAGUCGUACAAGCUUAUGUAUCCAUUUGCCGCAAAACUCUUUCCUGAAGAUUUCAAGUUUGCUACUCCUAUAGAGUUCCUGCCACAGAUG